AUGGGCGGCGGCGGAAAAGUUCCUUACCCCAAGCACGUCUGGUCUCCAGCCGGUGGUUGGUACGCGCAGCCUGCGAAUUGGCGCGCCAACACCCUGAUUGCUGGUGUCGUUAUGGCCGGAAUCGUGGCGGUUACGUGGAAGUUCAGCGCCGGACGAGAGCAAUGGGCGCACCGACCUGAGCAAGGGCAGUGCUGGUCGAAACAGUUGAAGCAGUGGGAUGAAGAGGACAAGGGAAAUGCGUCAAAGAGCGAAUAG